CCAUUUCUCUCUUCUUCUUUUUUUCUAUUUAUUUUUUCCCUUCAAAUUUCGUGAGAAGCGAGGAUAAAAAACGUGGCACCCCACAGCCGAAUCGCCUAGUAGACGAUAAGAAGCAUGCCACGUGGUUACUCUAAGAUUUCUGACCAUUUUAAUAGGGACAGGGGGCAAUAUGUGUCGAAAGGAGAGUCCUUGAGAAGUCCACUGAAGAAGAAGAAGAAUACGAUAAGAGGAGGGACCGGGAAGAAUGCAGGAGAGGCUGUGACGGAGAAUGUGAGCAACGUGACGGCCUCUGCGAGGGCUGGCUUGAAGAAAACCAAGGCCACUUUGGAAGAAAAGUGAAGAAGAAGAAGAAUACGAUAAGAGGAGGGAGCACAGAUGCAGACCGGGAAGAAUGCAGGAGAGGCUGUGAAGGAGAAGGUGAACAACGUUACGGCCUCUGCGAGGGCUGGCUUGGAGAAAACCAAGGCCACUUUGGAAGAAAAGGCGGAGAAGAUGACUACGCGCGAUCCAUUGAAGAAGGAGUUGGCAACUGAACGGAAAGAAGAGAGGAAAACCGAGGCUGAGAUUGAAAAGCAGCGGGCACGUGAGUACAACACCGCCCAGAGGCAAGCCGGCACCACCGGCAUCCACGGUAGUCACCCAACAGGGCAUACUGGCUACGGCGGAACUACCGGCUAUUCCAGUCACCCAGCAGGAGAUACUGGCUACGGCGGCACCACCGUCUAUUCCAGUCACCCAACAGGAGAUACUGGCUACGGCGGCACCACCGUCUAUUCCAGUCACCCAACAGGAGAUACUGGCUACGGUGGCACAACUGGGUAUGGUGCGACCACCACAGAUGCGGCUGGUUAUGGUGGCGCUGCUGCAGGGGACACUGAAUAUGGAAAGGGUGGCACGACUACAGGUGAGGCUGGAUAUGGCGACACAGUCACCACUACCGGGUAUCGCACUCGCGGCACCCACCCUGGCCAUGGGACAGGUGGCACCUAGAGGUGGGAGUUGGCUAUGGGGUUUAAGGCCACUGUAACACUGUUUGUGUCUGUAGGUUUGAGCGUAUACACGGGAUGUUUUAGUAUUUGGCGUAUCAGUGUACCGUUUGAAUAAAUGACAAUGAAGAUAACAGCUUAUUAUGUAUGUAA